UCCCUCUCUCUCUCUCUCAUGAAAACAAUCGUUCGCGUAUCGAAAACACCUCCGUUCGCCGUACGCUCCGCGGAAGCGCGUCGGCCGAGAUCUUCGUGACGCUCGACUUGGUGGCGAGGACUCCGAAGCGACCGCGACGCUUCGAAGUUCGAAGCGGACGGCGGGACGCCGCGGAAGAAGAGAAAGAGGAAGAGGAAGAGGAAGGAGGAAGAGGAAGAGGAAGAGAAGGAAGAGGUAGAGGAUCGGGCGAGAAGAAGAGGAGGUGUCAGUCGCUGUUAGUUCGUCGAUCGUGGCCGGCACGUGCGCGCACCCGGCCCCUCGUGCCUCGAAAGAAGAAGGGUGUGCUGCAUCGGCGGAAGGAGCGAAGAAGGAGAGAAGAAAAGGAGAAGCGGCCGAGGCAGAAAGUGACGGCAGUGCGCUCCGAACCGUCAAGCGGGACGCUGAGGGAGAGAAAGCGGAGUCGCUUCUCAGGUGCGCUCAGGUGCGUGCCGCACCACGUGACCACCGGCUCUCGCGAACGACGCGAGACACCCUCUCUCGCCCGACGAGAGCGAACUCCCUCUCUCUCUCUCUCUCUCUCUCUCUCUCGUCGUUGUUCUCUCGCACUGAGCGCGAAGGCCGGCGGCGGGCGCGCGGCUAUACACGAUUUUCGUAGGCGCGAGUAUGAAUGGAUCGACGAGUGGACGAGAGGACGUAGUGCUGUGACUCGCCGACGAGGAUGGUCCGCGUGAGAGUACAGCCGCGCCGGUGCACACACGCGUAGUUUAAAGGUGGCCGACAUGAACUACGGUGGUUGCGCGGUGUGAAUAAGAGAGACACGAAGAUUCGCCCCGUUAGAACAGCGACUGCGCUAUCGACAUUCGACGAAGCUUCAACAUGAGGACGGGGUUGCAGAUCGCGUUGUGUCUGGUCGUGAUCCUGACGACGGUCGCCGAGGACACGCCGACGAACACAGUCUGGUUCCCUUCGGAUUCGCCGCCACUCCAGAGCAACGCGAUACAGAGGCUGCUCAGACUCUUGGGGAAGUACGGGUCUGACGACCCGAGGAGCCUGAAGAGAGUGUAUCUGAGCAACAGGUCGAUCACUUGCAACGACGGAUCGCAGGCCGGUUUCUAUCUACGAAAGUCCCAGUCCUCCAAACAGUGGAUCGUAUACCUGGAGGGCGGCUGGUACUGCUACGACCACACGAGCUGUAGGAACAGGUGGCUGCGGCUGCGGCAUCUGAUGACGUCAACCCAGUGGCCCGACACACGCGACGUGGGCGGACUGCUCUCGCCGAAUGAAGACGAGAAUCCCUUCUGGCACAACGCGAAUCACGUUUUCGUGCCUUACUGCACGAGCGACAGCUGGAGCGGCACCAGAGCCACGCCGGAGGGCAUGUUCUCGUUUAUGGGAGCAGAGGUGCUGGUCCAGGUCGUCCGGGACUUGAUUCCCCUCGGUCUCGAAGGCGCACGCUCCUUGCUGCUGGCUGGUAGCAGCGCGGGCGGCACCGGUGUCAUGCUGAACCUGAAUCGCAUUCACAACCUGGUGCAUCAUGAAUUGGGUUUGAAGCACGUCGACGUGCGCGGCGUAUCGGAUUCCGGAUGGUUCCUCGACAGGGUGCCCUACUCUCCGAACGGCCUGGCGUCCAUCGGCGCGAUACAUAAGGGAAUGGAUCUGUGGAAGUCUCGGAUACCUCAUAAUUGCGUCGCUAAGUACCGUACCGAACCGUGGAGGUGUUUCUUCGGUUAUCGACUUUACCCGACCUUGACCGCGCCAUUGUUCGUUUUCCAAUGGCUAUUUGACGAAGCCCAGAUGUCAGUCGACAACGUGGGCUCACCGGUGACGAAACAACAGUGGGAUUACAUACAUAAGAUGGGCGACAGUAUGCGGCGUACAUUGACGAACGUCACCGCGGUAUUUGCCCCCAGCUGCAUCAGUCACAGCGUUCUGACGAAGAAAGACUGGAACAUGGUGAAAAUAGACGACGUCUCCUUGCCGCAGGCGCUGCAUUGUUGGGAACAGAUGCCGAUUGGAAAUCAGCGCAACAACACUACUCGCUCGCAGAUCGAGACCAAUCAACCGUGCGCCAAGUCGCUAAGGAAGCUGCUACGUUCCGGCGCUACGAAAGGAAACGGCACCUCGGUGGAAAGUAGAAGAAACCACGCUAAAUCUUCCACGAAAACGCAAAAAGCACGAUCGGCCGUCGCUGGCAAAACGCAGAAGAGGAAGACGGCCUCCGACUCGAUUCAGGAACAGGAGAACGAGAACGGGCGAAGGGGGAAAAACAAAGGCAAGAGAAGAGAGAGGAACAGGGGGGAGAGGAGAAUGAAGAAAGAGAAGCAUGAGCGAAGAAAAGCCGCCGGACAUUCCUUUGUAGAUCCUUGCCAGAUCCAGUGUCAGUACGAUUCAAACGAUCAAAUGAAAAUCUUUUCAGGACGCCGCAAAGCAGAACGCGGUAAGCAGAAUAACGGCAACAACCAUACAGCCAUGUUUAACGGCACGCGGCCGCAACGAUCGGUAAUACCGUCGGGCAAACGGAAGUGCGUCCAGGGUUGCCAUUUCCGUUUGAUCGAGCACUGUACUUGGCCGCAAUGUAACCAUAGAUGCCCCAAGCUUCAUAAUCCCUACACAGGCGAGGAAAUGGACUUCAUCGAACUGCUCAAGAGCUUCGGCCUCGAUAUGAAAAGCGUCGCGAACGCGCUUGGUAUCGACAUACACACCCUAAAUAGUAUGGAUCACGAGGAAUUGCUGAAUCUUCUGACACAACGCGCCAACUAGCGAAGGGUGUUCAGUUUCCUCGCUCAUUGUACCGAUGACCUCUGCCGUCUCCGAUGACACUAUCGAGGUCAGAGCUCGAUAUCUACGUACAAUCUCCAGAGUACCAUGUCUGAGGUGGUGACGUGGAUGCUUCAUAUCGGCGUGUUACUAUAGUAGUCAGUAUUAGAGUACUUAAAUUCAGCAGGAUAGGUACACAUUACCACUAGCAUCAGCUAUUAAAAACGAUGCAAUUAAAAACGAUGAAAAGUCUCGUCUGAGAGAGAUCAGAGAAAUACGAGAGCCAAGCCGAACAGUUGCAAGAAGGAAGAGAAAUAAAGCGGUUGUGAAAAAUAAAAGAAUAAAAUUCACACGUUCUCUACGGUACAAAUUCUACGAUACGAAUACAGCAUCUUGAUGAAUGGUCUGAUCAAUUAUUUAGUUGAAGCUCGAAAGAACAUGAUAUUCCUUUGGAGCUGAAUGAAGAGACUGCCAAGUGACUGCCGAUAACUUAGUUACACUCACGGAAAAGAAUGCGAAAUAUCACUUUCUUCUUCCGUGCGACAAGCAGCAUUUAACACAAGCAUAGUUGGCACGUUUGGGACAGAGACGCAUUGCGCGACUACGUUUUACCAAAAUGAAUGUACAUAACUUCAUAGAGAGAGAGAGAGAGAGAGAGAGAGAGAGAGAGAGAGAGAGAGAGAAAGAAGGAGAGAGUUAGUGCGUUUGCAGAACUCAUUUCUCAGAUAAGACGGAGCGGGACAAGAUAGCGGGAAUUCUGAUUGACGUUUGCGCCGAGGAGCGAUGAAGAUGAGAGUUCUGGCAUGCAGAAAGUGUAUAUUUUAUUGUAACUGCACGACUACUACGAGUAUAUCUUAAUUUAUUAUAGUCCGUAGGCGAGAUAAUCGAGUAUGUACCUAUGUUAUACGAAUUAAUUCGACGUUCACGGCGCGAUUUCACGGCCGAAAUCAGAUCGGACGGGAGAGUGUGUCGUCCAACAGAACCUUCUCAACUUCGUACCUGUUCGAAUGCAAUGCUUUUCAUUUCGAUCGUCCUCUUAUUGUCCUUUGUCGAGAGAUCCUUUCCUCGGAACGUAUUUUUCGUCAGUGUAUUUCGCUUUGCUCGUAGCGUAAAUAGAUCGAUCGCGCGAAUUCAAUUUACCGUGUCAUUUUAAGAAUCUGCGUCGCACACACCCACGAAAGACUGCACAAAGGAUCUUUCAAUGGCAAACGGGACUGAUUUUACGUUAUUUUAUUUUAUUUUAUUUUAUUUUUUUUUAUUUUUUUUUUUCUUACGUAACGUCGGAACGGACAUUCGCCGGAGUGAACAACGGCUGACCGACCGAUCAAGCAGCUUCAUAGACUGAUUAAAUUAUCUACCUCAACGAAUCAAAUCGUAUUAACGUCCUUCAUGUACUAUAAUCGUCAACUUAGAGCAUCACGAUAAGAACAGUUACUGUAAGUUCACGCGCGUAAAGUAUAUAUUGUACCUAUGUCUCGAACUCUGUAAUAUAGCUGCCAACAUAAUGUUUAUUUAUUUAACGUAGCGUAGAAUCCGCGAUUGCAGCGGCGCGUAAUUCUCAGUCGCGUGCGCGAUGUGUAACGUACAAUGAUAUUCGGAAGAAAUUUAUUUUGGGAUUUAAUUUAUUUCCGUAAAUUAUGAUCCUGUAUAGACGAAUACAAUCCGAAUAAUAAUCAAGGGUACCAUAUUACGAAGCUUCCACUGGCAUCCACGUAUACCGUAAUACGUACUGUUAUCUUCAAAAGAAUAUGACACUGUAAAUAAAUUGUAUAUCUGUUGUACACCACAGAGAA